AAUCCUGAAAGCAUGGAAAGCAAAGUCGAUCUUGGUAGAAUUUGAACUCAGAAAGUAAAAAUAAACGAGAUACCGCUAAGCGUUUUGUCCAACAUGCUAACGAUUCUGCCAGCUCACUACCUUAAUGGCGGAAAACAGCAGUGUGAGGGAAUACCUUAUAUUAUAAAUAUUUCUAAGGCGCGAAAUUUUUUGGGAAGGGACCAGUCGAUUACAUCAACUCCAGUAUGUAACUGGUACUCAAUUUAUCGACCCUGAAAGGUUGAAAGGCAAAGUCAACCUCGGCAGAAUUUAAACUCAGAACGUGAAGACAGACGAAAUACUGCUAAGCAUUUCGCCCGGCGUGCUAACGUUUCUUAUUUCUUUAUUGCCCACAAGGGUCCAAACAUAGAGGGGACAAACAAGGACAGACAAAGGGAUUAAGUCGAUUACAUCGACCCCAGUGCGUAACUGAUACUUAAUUUAUCGACCCCAAAAGGUUGAAAGGGAAAGUCGACCUCGGUGGAAUUCGAACUCAGAACGCAACGGCAAACGAAAUACCGCUAAGUAUUUCGCCAGGCGAAACGUUUCUGCCAGAUCGCCGCCUCAAUAAUAAAAUAUUAAUAAUAAGACAUUUUGCGUUCAUAUUGUCUCAAGUACUCCUCUUGUAUCGCAUGCUAUCGGAAGUAUUCAUCACAUAUUGUUAAGAAAGACGGAACUUAACAGAGUAAAGUGGAUCAUACACACCCUUGUUUCGAUAAAUUCUUUAGACACUCUGAUUCCUGUUUACAAUAUACAGAGGAGUGAUGCUUCAGUAUAUUUCACGUGAAAGUCUAUCCUAGUUUUAUUGUGGAUAGUGAAACAUAACAUUUGAUAUUAAUUCAGGUUAAUUUCGUGACUAAUCAUAAACUUAAAAAAUAUGUUGAUGUAAUAAUUACAGUGAUCUCAUUAUUGGUUCAGUGAUUUAGAAUGUCUACCCAAAGUCAACGUGGUCAGUGAUACGACAUAUUAAUCAGCUAAACUAAGACGAAAUAUGGCUGCCAUGCUGAUGACAAUAACAGCAACCGGUACACUUUUCCUUGUGAUUACUUUUAUUGUCAUUCUAAUAUCAUUAAACACAGAAGCGAAGGAACUUGGAAAUAAUUGUGAAAUUAAGAUUUCUCCCGAUGUCAAUAAGAUUUUAUCUCGUUUAGUAAGAUCAGACAUAAAGGUUUUCAAUUUUGAAGUCCAUUUAUCCGAUAAAAGGCUUGAUGUCCUAUUGAAUCCCGUACCAUUGGAUUAUUUUGCGAACGCGAGACAAUUUACCUGGAUUCCAGAUGAACCAGAUGGAUUAAUAGCGUAUAAAAAUUUCUACUAUGAUUUUUCAAUUUACUCUUUGGAUUUAUUAGGAGCUUACAUUGCUACUCCAAGGAUUGAUAUCGAUAUAAAUUGUGGAAGACAAAAUAUUCAAAGACAUGAUUUAAUACAUUUGAUUUUCGGCGAAUUGAAGAGAAUUGUAUUUAUCGAUACAUUGAAAAUAGGAGAAUCUGGUUACAUGUGUUUUCUAAUAAAUUUAUCCCAGGACAUGAAGAAGAACAGCCCUGAGGCAUUAAAAGCUUACAGAAGAUUGAGUAUAAAUCGAGAGUUAGUGAAGAACUAUUGCUGUAAACUCUAUAAAAGUGGAAGCCAUGUUUAUCACCCAAAAUCGAUUUGUUCUGGAAAUAUCAUAGAAAAUAGUAUGUUUCUCAAUUAUGAAAACAUCGUCGGAGCUGUUUUAUGGGCAUAUUUUCCCUUAAUUAUUAGUUUUCUUUCAUUGGCUACAUCACCUUCAUUUUCCCGUCAAAAUACAUCGCCAUUCAAAUUAGAAUGGAUCAACAAAAACCAUAAUACUUACAAUUUCCCUGAUUUUCUUUCAUGGUCAUUUUGUUUCCACAAUUCCACUUUCUUUGCCUCAAGACUAAGAAGAUUCUUUUUUAUUCUUUUUUCUCUUUCAGUAAUUUUCCUGGAUCUUUUGAUGCAUUACUUCUUUUUAUAUGAAACAACAAAUAUACUUUUCCAAGAUGAUAUACCAUUGGGUUAUCUCACCUUAAUAUUAGGUUUCUCAAAAAGUUAUGAGAAUACAGAUGGCUGGUUUGGGGGUCCGUUAGUGUGGUUAAUCAGUUACGUAUCUUUCAACUUUAUCCUCUUUGUUCUUCCCAGUCGUUUAAGUGAGACUAUCGCUUAUAAUACAUUACAUCAAAGAUCCACUUGCACAUUUCUCAUUCAAAAUAAGAGAUUAUUAGAGAAGUAUGGCAAUUUAAAUGUUUCUACACAACGGGAUUAUGAUUUACUCUAUGCAAUAAUGAAAGCUAAUAUUUCUACUGCUUUAAACCCAAAUUUCUGGCAUUUAAUAAUUUAUACGUGGAUUAAACAUAUCAAGAAAAUUUGGUUAUAUUACAACAAGAGAAAUAUUUUUUGCCAGUUGAUAUUGCUUUGGUUUUUUAUUGCGAUCACAAUUUUAUUUGCUGCAUUUUCUGUCUGUGAAUUAAUUCUGUGUCUAAUUUAUUAUGGAAUCCCAACAUUUUAUUUGAUUUUAACUUUACCAUUAAGUUAUUUUAAAGUUUAUAUUCUUCCACUAUAUCUGAAUGUCAAUUUUAUUUUCAAUAUUGUCGCUAUACUUAUUACUAUUCUAUCGUUUCCAUUUUAUAUAUUAUGGGCUCUUUAUUCAAUCUAUAUAUUUCUUACAAGUUUUCAAAUCUUAUGCAACUACACAUUUACGAUAGCUGUUGCAGUUCUUGCUAAACCUGACAAUGUCGGUGACAUAUGGUUUGUUGCCAUGUUUUUCGUGUAUUGCAUUGCAAUUGUGAACGCUAAUAUAAAGCAGUAUCAAUCAGUAAUGGUUAAUUCUGUAAAGCUCACUAAAGUUUUUCGUCCGAAUUUAGUUCAGACAAAAUAUGGAGAAGAAUUCAUAAAUGCCAAUUUGUUCAAGACAAUUGUUAACCAUCAUUUUCCAUUGAGAUACGAGAUUGGUAAAUCCAUUAUGAAACUGUUUCUAAUCGUAUCUCUUUUCUUUGCUUGCAACAACAUAUUAAGUCGAAAUGAUUUCGACUUUUCAACGUUCACAAAAAUUUCUUUGAUAUUAAUGACGUCUAUGAUACCUAAAUUAUUAGCAAUAAUUAAUGUUAAAUUUGGUUUAACUAUAUCCCUGACACAUAAAAUUAUCGAAACGAUUAUUGUAUUUGACCAUGGCACAGCACCACAUACCAGUUUGUCAAUUUAAUUAUUUUCAGUAAAAUAAAAGUCUGAAAUUUUCUGAAAUUAUUUUCUAUUCUCUAAAUAGUUUUAUCAUCAAAUAACGGCAAUAUGCAUUGACGUAUACAGAAAUUCAGAAUCACACACACAAAUCAAAAGAAAUCCAAAACAACAUAAAAGGAAAUAAUUCAACAUAUGUCGAAAUUCCGAAACCCAGAGAUCUGAAACUACGGCCAUUAUUGCAGAACCAGCAUCCAGUACACAACGCUUAAGCAACUACAUAGAUAAUGUUCUAAAACUUUUAUGUAAAAUGAUACCAAGUUUUAUCCGGGACGAUACGUCCACCAGGAAAAAAAUCUAGUUAGUUUUGAUGUAACUAGUCUAUGCACCAACAUUCCACACGACCUAGGAAUUGAAGCUAUAAACUUCUGGUUAACAAAACACCCGAACGAUAUCAUGGAAAUAUUCUCAAAAACUUUCAUUGUAGAAAGAUCAAAAUUAAUUUUGGAAAAUAAUCACUCUUCCUUCGAUAACAACUUCUACUUACAAAUAAAAGGAACGGAGAUGGGAACAAAAGUAGCCCCCACAUAUGCUACACUCGUUAUGGGCUUCUUAGAGGUCAAACUUUAUUCCCAACUAACGGAAGCAUUUAACGAACAAUUCUCCAUUUAUAUAAAAAAAAAAACAAUUCGAAACGAUAUUUGGACGAUUGCUUUAUAUUCUGGACCAAACACUAAGAAGACUCAAGAAUAUUUAACUCACUUUUAAACAACUUACACACUUCAAUAAAAUUCCCUAUGGAACAAAACUCAAAGGAAUUACCAUUUUUGGACUUCUAAUUAAAGAAAAUAAUACUAUAAAAACAGAUAUCUUCUACAAAUCUACAGACACACACCAAUAUUUGAACUUUUAUUCCUCCCAUCGCUCACAUGCAAAAAGGAACAUACCCUUUAAUAUGGUAAAAAGAAUUUGCACUAUAGUAAUAGAUGCAGAAUUAAGGGACACAAGAUUACAGGAAUUAAAUAUAUUUCUAAAGGAACAAAAAUAUCCCACUAGUUUCAUUGACACAGCAAUCAUCAAAGCAAAAUACAUCCUAACCACAACCUCAGAGGAAAACAAACACACAAAAAUAAAAAUAAAAAUGAACACAUAAGCAUUCCUUUUGUCAUCACCCACAACCCAAGAAAUCAUGACUUCAUCAACACUGCAAAGCGAUACCUCCCCAAUCCUUCAACAUUCAUCAAGAAUCAACCAAUUAAUAAUAGACUCAAAAAUGAUUUAUAGCAGACGGCAAGCACCCAACAUAAAAAACUCUUAACCCAAGCAAAAUUUACAACCACAGAAACAACAAAGAGAGUUAGAAAAUGUGAUGACCCUCGUUGUGGAACGUGUGACUACAUUGAAGAGAGAGAGAGAGAGAGUACAGAUUACUUUCAAAAACAAUGACACUUUCAA